AUGGAUGGAAGACUGGCAAACAGCGUGGAGAGUUCCUUCGACCAACGGUACCCGAUAAUUUUGUCGCGUUCACACGCGAUAACGCAGAAGCUGAUACAGCACUACCACGAGCAGUUCGGACACGGUAAUUCGGAGACCGUAUUCAACGAGAUGAGGCAGCGGUUCCAGAUCCCGAAAAUGCGUCCAGCGAUUCAUCAGGUAGUAAGCAAAUGUAUCUGGUGCAAGGUCAACAAGUGUCGUCCACGAACACCGAGAAUGGCUCCACUGCCGGUUGAACGGGUAACGUCUAGUCUUCGGCCAUUCAGCUCCGUAGGUUUAGAUUACCUGGGUCCGGUGGAAGUCACGGUUGGCCGGCGAAAAGAGAAGCGUUGGGUGGCAGUCUUCACCUGUUUGGCUGUACGUGCGGUGCACCUAGAGGUUGUGCACAGUCUCACAACCGAGUCGUGUCGGAUGGCCAUCACUCGUUUCCGCAGCAAGUUUGGCAAGCCAAGCCAAAUAUUUUCCGACAAUGCCACUUGCUUUCGCGGAGCGAACAACGAGAUGGUGAAGAUGGACGUCAUCAAUCGGGAGUGUGCAGAGAUCGUGGGCAGCUCAUCUACCGCGUGGCAUUUUAUUCCACCGGGUACCCCACACAUGGGAGGUGUCUGGGAGCGGAUGGUGCGGUCGGUGAAAGAGGCGAUGCGGGUGCUGGAUGACGGGAGAAAGCUCUCGGACGAGAUCUUGGCGACAACUCUGGCGGAAGCGGCGGACAUGAUCAACACGCGUCCGUUGACCUACUUGCCGCAAGACUCUGGGGAAGCAGAAGCACUGACGCCGAACCAUUUCCUACGGGGAACGGUGUCGGGUGCUGACUUGGAGGUGGAACAGUUUUUGACGGGUUCUGCCGAAGCUUUGCGGAACGUGUACAAGCGGUCCCAGUUGCUGGCAGACAGAAUGUGGGAGAGAUGGUGUCGGGAGUAUCUUCCGACGAUCAACCAACGGUCGAAAUGGUUCGACGAACAGAAGCCGAUCGAUGAAGGUGACCUGGUAUUCGUGGUGGACGGGAAGAACCGGAAGUCCUGGAGGCGAGGCAUUGUGGUAGCAGUGAUGAAGGGAUCGGACGGACGGAUCCGAAUGGCGGACGUGAGAACUGCGGACGGCAAGGUUCAAAGACGUGGUGUGGUAAAUCUAGCGGCGUUGGAGAUUCGAUAAAUCCGGGAAGACCGGAUGUUACGGGCUGGGGUGUUACGACGCCGCAUUAACAGCCCUGGUUGCAGCAUAACAACCAGCAUGACAGCUCGCGCGUAGCAGUGGUGGUAAAAAUAGGAGAGAGAAAAAUAUAUUGGUAGUAGAAGAAACGGUAGGAGGUAUAGAGAAGACAAAAUAAAAACAAAAGUUCGCCAUCGUUUUCGAAUGCAAAAUUAGUUCGUGAUUAUUGAAAGCAAUUAAAAUAUACUGUUUCUUGUGACAUAAAAGCUUGAAAUAAGUAAUUAAAAUCAGCAGGGAAAAGUUCGGUCAGUUGCGAUACCACUUCCAACACGGUGAAGCUACAAUUUAUUAUUCGGAUUAAUAAAUUCGGAUUCUGGCGACAAAUUAGGUUGAUCCGCUGAACCAGUAUUGUAGAUUCAGUUUGACGACGAACCCGCUGGCCAAAAGGUAGGGUAGUUGAACCGUACUUCAACACCCAAAACCAAAAGGAAUCGAGGAGCAUAGGUAUUCAGGAAGGAAACCAGUUUAUUUUUCAGCAUUGCUGAAAACUAAUCAGCUGCUUCGGGAAAACUUGGUUUCCCUAUCGGGAACA